UAUCGUUCCAAUGCUGACCUCUGCAUUGCCUCAGGAACAAAGGUGGCUCUGUUUAAUAGACUCCGAUCCCAGACAGUUAGCACCAGAUACUUGCAUGUAGAAGGAGGUAAUUUCCAUGCCAGUUCUCAGCAGUGGGGAGCAUUUUACAUUCAUCUCUUGGAUGAUGAUGAAUCAGAAGGAGAAGAAUUCACAGUCCGUGAUGGAUACAUCCAUUAUGGACAAACAGUCAAACUUGUGUGUUCAGUUACUGGCAUGGCACUCCCAAGAUUGAUAAUUAGGAAGGUUGAUAAGCAGACCGCGUUACUGGAUGCCGAUGAUCCUGUGUCACAGCUCCACAAAUGUGCAUUUUACCUUAAGGAUACAGAAAGAAUGUACUUGUGCCUUUCUCAAGAAAGAAUAAUCCAGUUUCAGGCCACUCCAUGCCCAAAAGAACCAAAUAAAGAGAUGAUAAAUGAUGGAGCUUCCUGGACAAUCAUUAGUAUGGAUAAGGCAGAGUAUACAUUUUAUGAGGGAAUGGGCCCUGUCCUUGCCCCAGUCACACCUGUGCCUGUCGUAGAAAGUCUUCAGUUGAAUGGCGGUGGGGACGUAGCAAUGCUUGAACUUACAGGACAGAAUUUCACUCCAAAUUUACGAGUGUGGUUUGGGGAUGUAGAAGCUGAAACUAUGUACAGAUGUGGAGAGAGUAUGCUCUGUGUUGUCCCAGACAUUUCUGCAUUCCGAGAAGGCUGGAGAUGGGUCCGGCAGCCAGUCCAGGUUCCAGUAACUUUGGUCCGUAAUGAUGGAAUCAUUUAUUCCACCAGCCUUACCUUUACCUAUACCCCAGAACCAGGGCCACGGCCACAUUGCAGUGCAGCGGGAGCAAUCCUUCGAGCCAGCUCAAGCCAAGUGCCCCCUAAUGAAUCAAACACAAACAGCGAGGGAAGUUACACAAACGUCAGCACAAAUUCAACCAAUGUCACAUCAUCUACAGCAACAGUUGUGUCCUAACUACCGUCUUUUUGCUAGGACUUACACUGACUUGAGUGCGGCAAAAUGUUGACAGAAAAAAAAGAAAGAAAAAAAUGAACAAUCUUUUGUGGUUUCUUGGGAAAACUUUUCAUACCAGGUUAUACUAUUCAAAAACCCCAUUACCUGCAAGUGCUGAUUUGAAGUGCAGAAGC